AUCAAGCUGAUAGUGUACUUGCUAAGGGCUCAUUCUGCACUGAUGUGCUGAGGCAGUGGGACACAGGCAUGAAAAUGGUUCCUGAGAAUGUUGGGAAUCCUGUUCUUGUCCUCCUCUGGAGAUAGCAGGGCCAUGUGGAGUGCACAGUAAAGGCCUCUAUAGACUGCUCUGCCAGCACUGUUCCUCCCACUAGUAGCGAGCACUGAUGGUCUUCUUGAGCUGAAAGGAUGAAAAUUGACAAUUGGAAAAUCACUAUCACCGACCUGAGCUUUAUCCUGACUUCUGGAGUCCCAGUUGAUGUCAUUGAGCAUAUGAGUCUGCAAGAGUGUCCCCUGUCCAUGAUUUAGGCAGUGGCUGGACAUGCAUCACUAGCGGGAUGGUCGGCCACCGAAGCUGCAAUGUCGUCCCUGACGACCUCCAGUGAGGGAGAGAACUCUGCUCCCAGGUUUGUUGUCGGUUCCAGAGAUGAUGAGACAGAAUUUCUGGGAUCAAACAUGAAGACAGACGAAACGGAUUUCUUUGAAGAUGAUGAAGAGGAGGAGUCGCCACCAGAACGGCAGAUCGUGGUGGGAAUCUGUGCCAUGACCAAAAAGUCCAAGUCAAAGCCCAUGACACAGAUUCUGGAACGUCUGUGCAAGUUCGAGUACAUCACAGUGGUGAUCAUGGGGGAAGAUGUAAUCCUGAAUGAACCGGUGGAGAACUGGCCCUCUUGUGACUGCCUGAUAUCCUUCCACUCCAAAGGAUUCCCCCUGGAUAAGGCAGUUGCUUAUGCCAAGCUGUGCAAGCCAUUUCUGAUCAACGACCUUGAUAUGCAGUAUUACAUCCAGGACAGGCGUGAAGUGUAUCGGAUCCUUCAAGAAGAGGGAAUAGACCUUCCACGCUAUGCUGUGCUCAAUCGAGAUCCUGACAGACCAGAAGAGUGCAACUUGGUGGAAGGAGAGGACCAUGUGGAGGUAAACGGAGCUGUUUUCCCAAAGCCAUUUGUGGAGAAGCCAGUCAGUGCUGAGGACCACAAUGUGUAUAUUUACUACCCGACGUCGGCAGGUGGGGGCAGCCAGCGCCUCUUCCGUAAGAUUGGCAGCCGGAGCAGUGUGUACUCCCCAGAGAGCAGCGUGAGGAAGACAGGCUCCUACAUUUAUGAGGAGUUCAUGCCUACAGAUGGCACUGAUGUAAAGGUGUACACUGUUGGGCCGGACUAUGCCCACGCAGAGGCUCGCAAAUCCCCUGCUUUGGACGGGAAGGUGGAACGGGACAGUGAAGGGAAGGAGAUUCGUUACCCAGUCAUGCUGACUGCCAUGGAGAAGCUCGUGGCCCGUAAAGUCUGUGUAGCCUUUAAGCAAACCGUGUGUGGGUUCGACCUCCUGCGGGCCAAUGGCCACUCUUUUGUUUGUGACGUGAAUGGCUUCAGCUUUGUGAAGAACUCCAUGAAGUAUUAUGAUGACUGUGCCAAAAUCCUUGGAAAUAUAAUCAUGAGGGAGUUGGCUCCCCAGUUUCAUAUUCCCUGGUCCAUCCCAACAGAGGCAGAAGACAUCCCCAUUGUCCCCACAACUUCAGGCACCAUGAUGGAGCUUCGCUGUGUUAUUGCAGUCAUCCGUCAUGGAGAUCGCACCCCAAAGCAGAAGAUGAAGAUGGAAGUGAAACAUCCCCGGUUCUUUGAAUUAUUUGAGAAAUAUGAUGGUUACAAGACAGGGAAGUUGAAGCUGAAGAAACCAGAGCAGCUACAGGAAGUGCUGGACAUUGCACGGCAGCUUGUGGUGGAGCUGGGAACCCACAGUGAUUGUGAAAUCGAGGAGAGGAAAUCCAAACUGGAACAGCUGAAAAGUGUCUUGGAGAUGUAUGGACAUUUUUCUGGCAUUAACCGUAAGGUUCAGUUGACCUAUCUGCCUCACGGACAUCCAAAAGCUGCAAGUGAAGAUGAAGAAGCUCGCCGAGAGUCCUCCCCCUCCCUUCUCCUGGUGCUUAAGUGGGGUGGAGAGCUGACCCCGGCAGGAAGAGUCCAGGCUGAGGAGCUGGGGCGGGCCUUUCGCUGCAUGUAUCCCGGAGGCCAAGGUGAUUAUGCUGGUUUCCCUGGCUGUGGCUUGCUCAGGCUGCACAGCACGUACCGCCACGAUCUCAAGAUCUACGCCUCAGACGAGGGGAGAGUUCAGAUGACAGCAGCAGCUUUUGCCAAGGGUCUGCUGGCCCUGGAAGGAGAACUGACCCCCAUCCUGGUGCAGAUGGUGAAAAGUGCCAACAUGAAUGGUCUGCUGGACAGUGACAGCGAUUCCCUUAGCAGCUGUCAGCACAGAGUGAAGGCGCGACUGCAUGAAAUCAUGCAGAAGGAUGCUGAGUUCUGUGAAGAGGAUUAUGAAAAGCUAGCACCUACAGGCAGUGCUUCUCUACUCAACUCCAUGACCUUUAUCCAGAACCCAGUUGAGGUCUGUAACCAGGUGUUCACCCUGAUUGAGAAUCUCACCUCCCAGAUACGAAAACGUCUGGAAGACCCAAAAUCUGCAGACCUGCAGCUGUACCACAGUGAGACUUUGGAACUGAUGCUGCAACGCUGGAGUAAGCUGGAGCGAGAUUUCCGCAUGAAGAAUGGGCGCUAUGACAUCAGCAAGAUCCCUGACAUAUAUGACUGCAUCAAGUAUGAUGUACAGCACAACUGUGCACUGAAGCUGGAAGGCACAACUGAACUCUUCAAGCUCUCCAAAGCCCUGGCAGAUGUGAUCAUACCCCAGGAAUAUGGGAUUAAUAAGGAGGAGAAACUGGAGAUUGCUAUUGGCUUUUGUCUCCCCCUCAUUAAAAAGAUCCAGCUGGACCUACAGAGAACUCAUGAAGAUGAGUCUGUCAACAAACUGCAUCCAUUGUACUCAAGAGGAGUUCUGUCACCAGGUCGCCACGUUCGAACACGGUUGUACUUCACCAGUGAGAGCCACGUGCACUCCCUGCUCAGUAUCUUCCGCUAUGGGGGGUUACUGGAUGAAAACAAAGACCAGCAGUGGAAGAGAGCCAUGGACUAUUUGAGUGCUAUCUCAGAGCUGAACUACAUGACCCAGAUUGUUAUCAUGCUCUACGAGGACAACAACAAGGACCCCUCUUCGGAGGAGCGUUUCCAUGUGGAGCUGCAUUUCAGCCCUGGUGUCAAAGGCUGUGAGGAGGACAGGAACAUCCCCACGGGCUUUGGCUUCCGGCCAGCCUCAGCAGAGAACGAGGACAAGAAGGCAGACCAGGGCAGCCUAGAGGACCUGUCGAGUGAGAAGGGCAGCGAUGAGCCAGACAGAGCUCGGCAGAAGUCCCCACAGCCCUCGGAGCCCGUCAGCAUCCAGCGAAGGUCACCCCUGGUCAGGAGCCGCAAGACAGGAUCCAUGGAGGUGCUGUCUGAAUCUUCUUCUAAAUCAGGAGGUUAUCGCCUCUUCAGCACUUAUUCCAGGCAGUCUUCUGAGAUGAAGCAAAGUGGAUUAGGGUCACAGUGCACCGGGCUGUUUAGCACCACUGUGCUGGGAGGCUCCUCCAGUGCCCCCAACCUCCAGGACUACGCCCGCAGCCAUGGCAAAAAGUUUGCCAGCAGCCUGACAUACAAAGACGAGCUCUUGUCUAUGCCAGCCGUAAAACGAUUUUCUGUGUCGUUUGCAAAGCAUCCGACUAAUGGUUUUGAAGGCUGUUCCAUGGUUCCCACCAUUUAUCCCCUGGAGACCCUGCACAACUCCCUCUCUUUGCGGCAGGUGAACGAGUUCCUGACGGCCGUGUGCAGGAGCUGCAGCGAAUCACAUGUCCAGUCCACUGCAGCUUUGUUUGAUUCAAUGAUUGGCAGCCAGAUACCAGGAGACCCCUUCAUGUCCCAGCGAAUCCUGUCGUCAUCAUCCCUGCCAUUGCGCCCGCGUUCGGAUAAGCCCCCGUGGUACAGCAGUGGCCCCUCCAGUACCGUCUCCAGUGCAGGCCCGUCCUCCCCAACUUCUGUGGACAACUGUUCUCGUUUCAGCUUCACUGAGAAACUUUCCAUCAGCCCCCCAAAAAGUGAGGAGCAGCUGACUAGCCAGUCGCCUGAGCAGGAGGAGAGUCAAGCUCCAGGCAGAGGGCUCGAUGUGCAGGGGGGUGUGUCUGGGCUGCCAGCAGCAGAGCCAAGUGCCCCAGAGACCCUGGUCUGGAAUAAGGGCUCAGAGCCAGGCAGGAUCCUGGAGCUGUGCAAGAAGGAGCUGGCAGGGGAGGACACUAACCCAGAAGAGAACAGCAUGGGGGAGCUGGAUGAAGAAAAACCAUCCGGGGAAAUGUUAGAGCCAAGUAACAUAGGAAACCCAAAGCGUGGGGAAGGGUUUGACCUGAGGCUGGUUGGGGAGACAGCGAAGACAGGUGGGGGGUCUAUCAGGGGAAUGGCUGGCCUGGAUCAGUCGGGGCUGUCCAAGGAGAUCCUGGUGCCCUGUGAAGAGGAGCUGCUGGGAGAGGUGUUGGAUGCAGAGCAUACAGGCAAGGAGCUGCUGGGGGACAGUGCUCUGUCAGACCAACUUCCCUCUGGUCACCUGUGCCAGGUACAACCACUGCCUCCUGAGAAGAAUGUGGAGGAACUGCAUCUGCUGUGUCAGAAGGAUCAGCAGAAUUAGUGGCUUACUGGACAGCACACUGCAAGCACUUCUAGCUGAAAGCAGCCCAACUUUGUGCGUGGCACCUCACACAGCUGGCAGUCCACGGCAGAGAGGAAGCCACGUCCCAGGGCCACAGGACUCUGUGGCGUGGAAGAGACUGCUUUGCUCCUCCACAAGUCAGCUCUUUGCCACUCAGCAAGAAUGUUUGCCUCGUUAAAUGAACAUCAAUGCAGUCUUGUUACUGGCGUGGCACCUCCAUGGAGCAGGGACAUGGUGCUGCACUGGUGUCCCAAGGGCUUUGUGCUCACUGGGGCAGCAGCAUUACAGGACUGGUACAGCCAAGGCUUUUAGGGUGGUAAGUCCAAAGGGGACAGGUCCUCCCUCGUGACUUUUUGGCCCACAGCCUUCAGAGAAAGGCAUUCUGGGCCCAAAUUAAUCAGAUCCAUCACAACCACCAACCUCCUCUCUCCUUCCUUCUUCCUCUCUCAAUUCCCACUGCUGGCCACCAAAAUCAAGUCCAGAGAGUCCAUGGCAGGAAAACUCGCAGCAGCAGAAAGCAUUCUGAAUGAGUGUAAAAAAGAAGGGUAGUGAGGGCAUCAGGUUCAACUGCCACUUGCAAGGAAAUGUCCCCUCGGCGUGGCCUUGGAUGUUUCCCUGCUGGGCUGGGGCAGGCUGGAGCCUGGGGAUCCAGCCUGAGAGAGGUGUGCAGGGAGGACGUGCACAGUUCUUUUUUCUUGUCCCCAAGGAUCAGGCAGGGUACAGCUCUGAAGUCUUGGUGAUGGAUUAAAAGAAACUGCUAUUUUGACAAUUCAGGACUAUUAGAAACCAAGAAGGAGAAAUCUUUAUUAUAUAUAAAAUGAAAAGUAUUUAAUGGAUAUUUAUGUAAAUGCCUUGUGAGCACAAGCCUGAGGGCAAGAUUGAUACGGGUGUCCCUGCCGCCUCCGAGCGCCGGCCAGGGCUGUGCUUCCCACUCCUGUAUUUAUGGACAAGUCUGCGUGUCCGUCUGUAGCUAGGGUCUGUGUUUCUGUGAAGCUGUGCCCAAAGAUCUCUAUGCUGUGUUGUGACAAUGUGUGUUCACAGUAAAUCGAUGCUGUGGCUCC